UCAGCUGGAUACAUUGCGACAAAUGGAAGGUGAAGAAAAGGAUUCCUCUCGCUUUUCAAGAGAGUUCGUUCUCUAGUGGAAGCUGUGCCCUUGAACAGGUUGAAAAGAAGAGGGCCGACAGGAAAAUCGUCAUUUGAGAGUCAGAGGAGAAAAAAAAAAGGUUAACUCUAAGGCCUCUGAUCCCUGCCUGUCCUGGGUGACUCCUUCCCUGUUACUUAUGGAGCCAGCUGCUCCAUUGCACUUCUCCCUGCCAGCCUCCCUUCUUCUCCUGCUCAGCCUGUUUCCACCAGCCUCAGCCCAGUUUACUGUUGUGGGGCCAGCUGAUCCCAUCCUGGCCAUGGUGGGAGAAAACAUCACAUUACACUGCCACCUGUCACCUGAGAAAAAUGCUGAGGACAUGGAGGUGCGAUGGUUCCGGUCUCAGUUCUCCCCUGCGGUGUUCGUGUAUAAGGAUGGGAGAGAGAGAACAGAGGAGCAGAUGGAGGAGUACCGAGGAAGAACCACCUUUGUGAGCAAAGACAUCAGCAGGGGCAGCGUGGCCCUGGUCAUUCACAACAUCACAGCCCAGGAGAAUGGCAUCUACCGCUGUUACUUCCAAGAAGGCAGGUUCUAUGAUGAGGCCAUCACACGCCUCAUGGUGGCAGGCCUGGGCUCUAAGCCCCUCCUUGAAAUGAAGGGCUAUGAGGACGGGGGCAUCCGACUGGAGUGCACAUCUGGAGGUUGGUACCCAAAGCCUCUGGCGACAUGGAAAACCUCCUAUGGUAAGGCUGUGCCAGCCCUGGAGGAGGUUAACACUGCUGCCACAGACGGCCUCUUCCUGGUUACCACGGCUGUGAUCAUUAGAGACAAGUUCCUGAGAAACAUGUCCUGCUCUGUCAACAAUACACUGCUUGGCCAGGAGAAGGAAACUGUGAUUUUCAUUCCAGAAUCUUUUAUGCCCAGUAUUUCUCCCUGCAUAAUAAUACUGUCAUUCAUCCUGGCUAUUCUCAUCAUUAUCAUAUUUGUGAGCGUCUAUUGGAUCAAGAAACUUCAAAAGGAAAAAAAGAUUCUGUCAGGAGAAAAGGAGUUUGAACAGGAAAGGAAAGACAUUGCACUAAAGGACCUGGAGAAAGAACGUGUGGAAAAAGAGAAAGAACUUCAAAUAAAAGAGCAACUUCAGGAAGAAUUGCGAUGGAGAAGGACACUCUUACAUGCAGCUGAUGUGGUCCUGGACCCAGAUACUGCUCAUCCCAACCUCUUCCUGUCAGAGGACCGGAGAAGUGUGAGUUGGGGCUCCUCCCAGCAGAGUGUGCCUGACAACCCUGAGAGAUUUGACUGUCGGCCUUGUGUCUUGGGCCGAGAAAGCUUCACUUCGGGGAAGCAUUACUGGGAGGUGGAAGUCGAAAACAUGAUGGUGUGGACUGUGGGGAUUUGCAGAGACAAUGUUGAAAGGAAAGGAGAAGGCCUGCUGGUUCCUCAGAAUGGCUUCUGGACUCUGGAGAUGUCUGAAAACCAAUACUGGGCCCUGUCUUCCCCUGAAAGGACUCUCCUUCUGACAGAGCCCCUUUGCCGAGUGGGUGUCUUCCUGGACUAUGAAGCUGGAGAUGUCUCCUUCUACAACAUGAGGGACAGAUCACACAUCUACACAUGUCCCCGUUCAGCCUUUUCUGGGCCUCUGAGACCCUUCUUCAGGCUGGGGUCUGACGACAGCCCACUGUUCAUCUGCCCAGCCCUCACAGGAGCCAAUGGAGUCACAGUACCUGAGGAGGGCCUGACACUUCACAAAGCAGGGACCCACCACCACUCAUAGGACUGGUCUCACAGCCAUGUAGACAAGCCCUGGUUAUCUCAACCACCACGACACAGUGCACCUUGGUGGAAAACCGGCCCUUCUCUGGUCACUUAAGAGAACAUCUUCUAGCUUCCUCUUUCACACCCUCUUCAGAUCUCAGUCCCAGUUCUUACCUUCACUAGACUGUAGCUUUAGUAGCUUCUUUGCUUAUAAAUUUGGGGCAAGAUCCAAUCUUUGAGAACUAGUGGUGUUACACAACUCCCAGUCAUGAAGAAAUUGUGAGAACAGGCAGCAAGCAUACUAUUUAAUUAACAUCAGGGAGACUACAUUGAGUUCAAUACUCCAGUUGGCACCAGAUGCUAUAGACUUGAGAUGAGACCAACAGGUGCACCAGGAUGUAACAGGAGGGAGGGGACCACAGAACUUUCUGAUGGGAGAGGGAGCCACAACUGGAGGUCAUGGAUGGAAGAGGUGGGACCAGAUAGCAGAGGGGGCCAAACUUGUGAGUGUGGUUAAGCCCCACCAUGACAGCUAAAGGGUCCCAGAAAAUGGUGGCACAUUUACCACCAACCCCCAAGAUUUCCAGACCACACAACCAUAGGCCUAGACCUAGAAGGAAGAAAAAUGAAGGACAAGGACACAUGUGGAUCUGGUUUGGUGCAAGUGUCCCUGCAGUAUAUCAGGGCUGUCCUCGGUCACUGAGUAUGACUUAAGGAUAAAGGUCCUGGCUGAGCAGAUGAGUAAUGAGCCAAGUCUACCUGAGGUUUCAGGUUCAGUGUGGGCAGCAGUGGUUUCAAGGUUCCUUGUCACAAGAUACCUUUAGACAUAAAUUACUGAGUACUCCAAAGAGCUUUUUUUCAUUUAAGUUAACAUUUGAUCUUAUUUAUUACAUUUGAGAUUGAAACUGAGAAGUUUUUAAAUGUAUGUAUUAAUUUAUAUUAAAAUAACCUUAAUAAACCAAUUAUAGGCUAAUAGAAAUUGCAUUUUUUAAAAUGACUAUUGUGUCCAAAGCAGAAUAAAUAUAUUGAGAAGUGUGGCAUUGUUCCAUUUUUUCCAAACUAAUGUCUAUUUUGAAAUAAUAUGACUGGAUUCUCAUAUCUGCUUUUGUAUUAAAUCUGUUGGGAUAUCAUAGGUCAUAUAGGCUCAAGAAAACUUUAUCCUAGUGAGAGAAUGAGAUUGAAAAAAAUAAACAAUAUCUUCAUCUCA